AUGGCACGUUUAGUGAUCUGUUUCCUUUUCCUUGUGGGUUGCGUCUAUGGACGACAUGAAAAAUAUGAAGGCCAUCAGCUGUACAAAGUGACUGGGCCAUCAAAGGAAUUCGAACAUUUAGAAUCGCAUCUCGACUUCCUAUCAACCUCAGCAGCUUCAAAGACUGGCCAACUGGAAAUCUUGCUACGUUUAUCGCCGGACGAGAGAAAACAAUGGCUCAAUUAUUUUACUUCAAAAGAUAUGCAUUAUUUAUUGGUCGCUGAUAAUUUAGCUGAAAUACUCCGCGAAGAAGAUUCUCAAAUCAGUGAACAAAAAUCUAGAACCAAAAGCGACAACAGUUCAAUGUCCUGGGAUCAAUAUUAUGGAUACCAAGAAAUUAACGAUUAUCUAGAUUCUUUGGCUGAGAAAUAUCCAGACCUCGUGACAGUGAUAAAUGCCGGCUUAAGUUAUGAAGGAAAGCAGAUCAAAUACGUCAGGAUAUCUACUACCAGAUUCGAAGUACUGUAUAAACCAGUGAUUUUCAUAGACGCUGCAGUCCAUGCCAGAGAGUGGGUGACGCCACCAGUAGCUUUGUAUCUCAUUCACAAAUUGGUUGUCGACGUAACGGACAAAGAUCUUGUUGAAAACAUUGACUGGAUUAUCUUGCCUAUGGCUAAUCCUGAUGGAUAUGAUUACUCCAUGAAAGAGGAUCGUAUGUGGCGCAAAACUCGUUCGAAAGCCCACAAAGGAAGCGAAGAAUGUCCAGGAGUCGAUGGAAACCGCAACUUUGACCAUUACUUCGGGACAAGAGAGGGUAGUUUGGACCCGUGCUCCAUCAUAUAUGAAGGACCCACUCCGUUUUCGGAACCAGAAAUACGGAUUAUUAGAGACGCUAUAUUGACACAUCUGGAUAGAAUUCGCCUAUACAUAUCUGCGCAUAGUUUCGGCAGCAUGUUCUUAUAUGCUUGGGGAAACAAUGGUACGCUACCAUCCAAUGGUCUAAUGUUACAAGUCGCCGGUGUGCAAAUGGCUGAAGCAAUCGACAAAUUAAAAUUGCCGUCAGCCAAAAGCUACAUUGUAGGCAACGCAGCGCAAACACUAUAUUACACCACAGGCACAUCAAGAGACUGGACUCGUGCUGUAGGAAUCCCAUUCACCUAUACGUUAGAGCUGCCGGGAUACACCUACAACUUCUUAGUACCACCACAAUACGUGAAACAAAUUGUGACUGAAACUUAUGCGGGAUUGGCAGCAGGGGCGCGUUUCAUUCUAUCUAUGUAUGGAUAG